GUGUCGAUGCAGCCUUUCAGGCAAAGCUGAGGGACGGUAUGUCACUUUUCAUUCAAUGCUGCUGUUGGGGCUUUUUGCCAAACACAGAAUGGACUGUCAACUCAGAAAUAUGGCUUCCUCUGCAGUGAGUAAAGCGAAUAAUAGAGAUAUCGUGACAACAGACAGUCCGAAAUGUCACGAAGAGUGUCUGUCGCAGUCCGGAGAAAUUAUAAAACCCACCAUAACGGAGCUGACCAAAGGAGUGAGGACGAACAUCCUCUGCACCGUGGAGGGAUGUGGCAAGAUUCUCCCUAACACACCUGCACUGAACAUGCAUCUUGUUAAGUCUCACAGAGUAAAGGAUGGUAUCGUCAAUCCCACGGUCAGAAAGGACAUGAAGGGCUCUCAGAAGCUUUACUGCUGUCCCAUUGAAGGUUGUCCCAGGGGACCAAACAGACCCUUCUCCCAGUUCUCUCUGGUUAAACAACACUUCAUGAAGAUGCAUGCUGAAAAGAAACACAAGUGUACCAAGUGCAACAACGGCUACAGCACAGAGUGGGACCUGAAGAGGCACAUAGAGGACUGUGGAAAGAUGUACCAAUGCACAUGUGGCUGCCCCUAUGCUAGUAGGGCUGCUUUACUCUCCCAUAUCUACAGGACAGGGCAUGAAAUACCUACAGAACACAGAAUUCCUCCAGUAAAGAAAAGAAAAUUGGAGAAGCUGCUGAGUGGUUCUGAGAAGGUUAACACCAGUGAGUCAACCUGUCAGAUCAUGUCUGCCACUAAAGACAUAACAGAAACUGCUCUCCCUUCUGACACAUCUGUUCAUAUCCUUGACUCAGUAAAUCAGAACUCAUAUCCUCGUAAGAACCUUCAGAAGUUGCUCUUACCAAAGCCCAAGGUGGCAUUGGUUAGUGUGCCUGUGAUGCAGCUGGCCCACCUCCCUGUUCUUCUUCCAUCUACAGAAAGCGGGGCUCUAAGGUCUGUAGUGCUUGCAGUGGACAGCCAAGGCUCAGUCAGCACCUUGCAUCUUCUGCCACAAGCCACAGGAGCUGUCGUACCCCAACUUGAUGCUAAAAGUUUAAGUUUCAAGGGCAGUAUGCCUAGCUCCCGCUCUAGCCUGGGGCCCAUAAGCACAGGGGUUCAGGUCAGUCUGGACCCUGGAGGAACAGAGGACUCUGCUAGCAGUUUGGGAGGGCAACGUGGACGAAGCACAUCCACCAACAUUCAGACCGACAAAUCAUACUUGUCAAAAUUACCCAUGGGAGUUGGGGUCGGGGAUGGAAUAAGCCUGUGCUCUAUGGGUGAGUCUUCAGUAUCAUCCUGCUCCCAAACAGAUAUCAGCGUGAGUGCCCAAGUCCUCCUGCCAGUCAGCGUUGAAACACAGACAUUCUCCUCACGGGCCAAAGCCACAUCAUCUAUUGGCGCUCAGACAGACAGCCAGUGCACAAGCCAAAUUCCUUGCUCCUCCUCAUCUAUGCCCCCGUUCAAAACCCGGCAAACACAGACACAUUUUGCCUCGCCACAGUCAGAUGACAAGGUUCAGGACCAGGGUAUCAUGUGCUCUGAUUUAUUUGGCAGUGACUCCCUCAGUGUGUCCACACAGACAGCUUUGGACAUAGAUGAUGCUCUCACAGCUGAAGGAAGCAGUAUGUAUGUGGACUCAAAGUCAGUGGGUGGUAUGUGUUUUGGGGUGCAGACAGAUGAGCUCAGUUCAAACAACAUGGCGGACAACCAGACCCAGACAAUGACCUUGUUAAAUGACUUGGAGAAUAUUCUGUCUGACAGCAUGUCAGGCCAUCAGGUGCUCACAGAGGCCUCUGCAGGCUGUGGGGCAGCUCUAGGCUCUGUUCAAGAGCAACAUAAUGGUAUUGACUUUGAUUUUGAGGAGUUUCUUAAAGCUGUACACAUCCAGACACAGACAGAGGAAAGCGAGCUGGGAGGAUUGGGAGGUGACACACCCCUGGAGUCUCUGGACAUUCAGACUCAGACUGACUUCCUCCUGAUGGAUGAACUGGACCAAAGUGAAGGACCAAGUCGAACCCAAGCCAACGAUCUGGAGCUAUUUGAUACUCAAACUCAGACUGACCUUAAUUUCCUGCUGAGUGCUGGCAGCCACAUGCCCCUAAGUAGCAUCCUGCGACAUUCAAGCUUUUCUAUGAGCACGGAGUCCUCGGAUACAGAAACACAGACUGACCUCCCCUCAUUUCCCACAGGCCUCUCUGCUCAGACACCUGUCAGUCAGGGUGAGCAGGCGAGACUGCUGAACAGCACAGAGACACAGACUGUGACCAGCCAGGCAGAAGGAUUAGGACACCUCUUCCUGACGAGCAACGAAACACAAACUGUCAUGGAUGACUUCUUGUCAGCAGACCUGGCCUGGAAUAUGGAGUCCCAUUUCAGCUCUGUGGAAACACAAACAUGUGAGGAGCUCUGUGCUCUCUUUCAGAACCCUGAAAAACCCAACAGCUGAAGCCCGCAUUGAAGUGCUGUCUGAAGUUUUCUAGUGCAGAUUUAUCAUGUCUGCCUAUUCCUUUACAAAGAGGAAUCAGUCUAUGCUGUCCUCCAGUGGACCACAGUCUUAGCAGUAAGAAGUCUGUGACAAAGUCUUUGAACAUUCCUAUGGAGACAUCAUGUCCAGAGUUGUUCAGGUUUAAACCCUGUCUACUCCGCUGCACUUUAUUCGCUAAACAGGCAUGAUUUAUCCACUCCUGUGACAGUUUACACAUUUAUUUGCACAUAAAGUAACAUACUGUAUAUGUCUUGUCUGAAUUGCCAGUCCCCUGUAUUUCAGUGUUUAAGCACUGUGGCUGAUUUCGACGGCUCAGUCUUUUCUUGCAGUUAAGAAACAAAACAUAAUGUUUCAUCAGUGUUAGAUCUGCACUCAAAAGGGAUGACAGCUUUAGCCGUACAACAGAAGGCUUAGAAAAUUGUUACCCUGUUUGAUGGCUUCAGUCAUGCAUGAGAACAGUUUCAUCUCAGCUACUCUGCAGGCAACAUUGUGCUUGUUUACGUAUUACCUACGUAGGUGAUGUAUGGUGCAUUGUGCAACGUGUGCAUCUGGUAGCUGCCCCAUUGAUGUUACCAGAUCAGUGGCAGCAUGACUACAAGCUAAGAGUCACUGCAUACAAGCUUUGCUGUCAGCGGAAAACUUGACCUCUAAGAACCUGUCAGCUUAAGUUUUCCUAAAUAAAAGCCCACGAAGCCUUCAGCAGUGAACUGCUAAGUUGUAUCUCUGAAAUAUACAAAUGUGGCACAAGUUAAAAAAUGACAUGUUUGUCUUGUUGGUUGUUGCACAGCUUUCUUUGAAAUGUGUUUUGUGAUGUAUUAUGUCAUGUGAAAACUAGUUUGUGUCGGGGCCUCUAGAGCUUAGCAGUCAGUUGAAGUCAGUUAACAGACUAGGCUGUCAGUGUCUUUGACUUAUUCAUUAGCUGGGUGUAAGUGUAUACAAUAGCAGCACAGUGCUGGAGUGAUGCAGUAAUGUUACUGUAGAGGAACAAAUAGAUUAGAGCAAGGAUUAGCAAAAAGUUAAAUGUCCUCACAACCUGAUUUAACUGAAAGGAGUUGUGUUGAAUAUUUUCCAUUAAACUCAUCAGAUAUUUGACCCUUUAUAAUGAUGCUUAUUAUUUAUAUCAUUUUUCUCUCUAAACCUCUCAUGUUUUUUUUUACUGUUGCACCGAGUUACCUCAUAGUAAGCACAUGUAUACUGUGUACACAUAGUCAUAGGCCUUGAUCAUUGGUAUAUUUUGUUGCGUUGGUGCCUUAUCCCAAGUAUUAGCUUUAGUUGUGUAACAAACAUUCGCUGCUGUCAUAUAUUUAUCAGAGUACUACUAGAAUAUGUUUUAAACAGUGAACAACACUGAAGAGUGGUCAGAAUCCCUCUGGUUUUGUGUUGCAUGAUUAUUUCAGUCUGUAUUCAUUAUUAAUUGUUGCAUGAUACUUUGGAUUGUCCGGAAUCAUAAUUUAUAGCUUGUAUUCAAAGUCUGUUCUGUCACAUGAAAAAAAUGCUAUGCAGCAUUUCUUGUAAAGAAUCGGUUUGACACCAUCUCACAUUUUUAUGGACGGUUGGACGGUUAUGGUUUAUAGAAACUGGAGAAUUUACAGAACAUGACACUGUGCCCACUUAAAACAGUCUAUUUUUGACACAAACACUCCACUGUUGAAGGGUGAUUUUCCUGAUUAAUGAGGAUUUUGAACCUUGCAUAAAAAUAUGUAAUAUCUUGUGUUGAGAUUUUUACUUCUAGUUCAUGGAUCUUGAAUUCAUGUACAGCAUAGCUGCUCUCUGCUGGUUUAACAGCAUGGGGAAGUGCUUUGCUUAAACAGAACUAUGUGUACAAGCCUUGUCAGUCUCAAAGUGUCAGUUAUAGUGCUUUAUUUUCUCUUUAGUGGGAAUGCAUGCAGACAUUUUCCCUGCACAAAACAUUUGGAUAUUUGUUCAAGCAGAAUUUCUGUUUGCCUAUAUGUGUAGUGAAUGGUUGCCUUGAUUAAUUGUCUAAACUACACUACAGAUGUUCUAAAUAAA